CCUGAACAUGUGAGACUGAGGCUCCCAGAAAGCAGACGCAGGACCCUCCCUCUGCUGGUGGACCUUUAGUCCUGCCACCCGCCCCAGGCCGGUUCGCGACCCAGGCACGCAGCGCCGCCUCCAGCAGGGGGAUUUCGGCAGCUCUCUCCCAGCACUGCGCUCCAGAACCCAAGCGCUGCCCGGUGACAACUAAGGUGGCGUUUCCAGAGUGCCGAGGCAAUAGUGGACGAGGCUAGUUGGUUGUUUAGCCAACCAACUUGACGCGGCUCUUUAGCCUUCAACUACGGAAGAAGGUGUUUGGUGCUUGGGUAUCAGAGACAUGAAUUACACACGGUUCCUCACGGAGACGAGUGCAGCGAGAAAGCCUAAUGCCAUCCGAGUCUACUCUGAGAUAUUGAACAGGGCACCGAAAUCGGUCAUCUCCUUGGCUACUGGAUCACCAAAUCCGAACACGUUCCCUUUUAAGACUGCUGUUAUCACCACAAAACAUGGACAGACCAUCCAAUUUGACGAAGAGAUUAUGAAAAGAGCUCUUCAGUAUUCUGAAAGCGCUGGAAUCCCAGAGCUGUUGUCCUGGCUAAAACAGUUACAAGUAAAAUUGCAUAAUCCUCCCACCAUCCAUUAUCCAUCCAGCCAAGGACAAAUGGACAUAUGUGUCACAGCUGGCGGCCAAGAUGGUCUUUGUAAGGUAAGACUGAAAGGAAAGGGUACCCCACAUGAAAAAUCAAAUACGUUCAUAAAUACAGUUAGUAUAAGAAGAAUCAGUGACCAUUUUGUAAUCAUGUCUGAAUCUCGGGCUUUCCUUUUUCUAUAUCCUCAACAGCUGCUACCACUGGGCUGCAACAUUAUUAAUGUUCCCAGUGAUGGAUAUGGGAUUAUUCCAGACUCCCUCAGAGAAGUCCUUUCCAGAUGGAAACCAGAAGAUUCAAAAGACCCCCAGAAGAACACCCCCAAACUUCUUUAUACUGUCCCAAAUGGCAACAACCCUACCGGAAACUCAUUAACAAGUAGCCGCAAAAAGGAAAUCUAUGAGGUAUUUUAAAAGAAUGUGUUAUGUGGCUAUGUUCU